AUGGCGGCUUCGGCGGCAGGAGGCUUGCUGAGCCGCCAGCUCAAGCAGAUGCAGACCGACAAGGACAUUCCGGGGAUCAGCUGCGGCCUGGCAGACGAUAAUAACGUGUUUGAGUGGGAGGUUAUGCUCAUGAUAUCGGACGACUGCAAGUUCUACGGCGGAGGGUUCUUCCGCGCAAAGCUCUCGUUUCCACCAGAAUACCCGCAUCUACCACAAGAUGAAUUCGAGACUCCCAUGUUCCACCCUAACAUAUAUCCCAACGGUGAAGUCUGCAUAUCGAUCCUCCAUCCGCCCGAGGAAGACAAGUAUGGGUACGAGUCGGCGGCGGAGCGCUGGUCUCCCGUCCAGACGCCGGAGACGAUACUGCUGAGCGUGAUCAGCAUGCUGUCGAGCCCAAACGACGAGUCACCGGCUAACGUGGAGGCAGCUAGGCUAUGGCGGGAUGAUCCAAAGGAGUUCAAGAAGCGUGUCAGGCAGUGUGUCCGAGCGAGCCUGGGAGAGGAUUAG